AUGUGUGAAGUCGCCCGUGAGACCACAGACUCGACUCUGUGGCCCUUUGAACUGAUCCUGCUGCCGUGCACCGGCUUCGGCUUUGCUCUGAGCAGCAGUCUGUACAAGAGCGCAUCGCCUUAUGGCUCUCUCAAUAACAUUGUGGAUGGGUUAAGCUCCCUCACCGAGCAUUUCUCUGACCUAUCCCUUUCUUCAGAAGCCAGAAAACCCAGCAAGAGGCCACCUCCUAACUACCUGUGCCACCUCUGCUUUAACAAGGGACACUACAUUAAAGACUGCCCACAGGCUCGUCCAAAAGGAGAAGGCCUGACUCCAUACCAGGGCAAGAAACGCUGCUUUGGUGAAUAUAAGUGCCCCAAAUGCAAGAGAAAAUGGAUGAGUGGAAACUCCUGGGCUAACAUGGGACAAGAAUGUAUCAAGUGCCACAUUAAUGUUUAUCCUCACAAACAGAGACCCCUGGAAAAGCCGGACGGCCUGGAUGUUUCGGAUCAGAGCAAAGAACAUCCCCAGCAUCUGUGUGAGAAGUGCAAAGUUUUGGGCUACUACUGCCGCCGUGUGCAAUAAACCUUCAAAGUGGCCUCUUCCCGUCCCCGUCAUCCUUAAAGAUCCUCUGGCAGCAUGCGAUCAACAGCAACACAACAAAUCAAGAUAAAAGCUAAAAUAAUUGCCAAUAUUGCCUAUCUAAUAAUAUGCCUUACCAUUAAUAGAAUGUAACAUUUCUCCUGUGCGUGCGCACG